AUGAGCAGCAAAGAAGACCCGAGCAAGUGCUGUCCGGCGGCUGCUCCCCUCUCCAGUUUCACCAUCCAGUCCAUCCUGGGUAGCGGCAGCGCCGAGCCCCCCCGGGAGGCCGGCGGCAGGGCGGCCGCCUGGCCCGCCCGCGGCCGGACCCUCUCCCUCUCCUCGGAGGACGAGGAGCCGGAGGAGAGCUGGAAACACCGCGGCUGCUUCUGCCCGGAGGCUCAGGGCCCCGCCGAGGCGUGCCACAAGCACCAGCCCCUCAGCUUCACCUGUCUCGGCAGCGCCAAGGGGAGCGGAGCAGCGGCGGCGGCGGGCAGCGGGGAGCGGGGGCCCUUCCUCUCGCCCCCCCAGCAGGACUGUAAGGAGGAGAAGGAGAAGCCGCUGGGACCCGCCUCGCCCUCCUGCGGGGACCGGCAACGCGACGGCGGGGACCGGCAGGCCGGCGCCGCCAAGAAGAAGACGCGCACGGUGUUCAGCCGCAGCCAGGUCUAUCAGCUGGAGUCCACCUUCGACAUGAAGCGCUACCUGAGCAGCUCGGAGCGGGCCUGCCUGGCCUCCAGCCUGCAGCUCACCGAGACCCAGGUGAAGACCUGGUUCCAGAACCGCAGGAACAAGUGGAAACGGCAGCUCUCGGCCGAGCUGGAGGCGGCCAACAUGGCCCACGCCUCGGCGCAGACUCUGGUGGGGAUGCCGCUGGUGUUCAGAGACAAUUCCCUCCUCCGAGUGCCGGUGCCCCGGUCCAUCGCCUUCCCCGCUCCUCUCUACUAUCCCGGCAGCAACCUCUCGGCCUUACCGCUCUACAACCUCUACAACAAGAUCGACUACUGA